CAGAGUCUCACAGACAGAUCUCCCUCCUUCCUCUACUUCUCCGGUGAUCUUAAACCCUUCAAAAAUGCCUAGUCGACGGCACGUCGUUGUCGUUUCGCUCACUACUCUUCUCCUCUUCUCAUUGUUCGCUCUGUCUUCAUGCAAGGCCGUCGAAAAUGACGAUGACGAAGAUCUCAGCUUUCUCGAAGAAGCUGAUGACAGCUCUUCUUCACAUUACCACUACCCGGAUCCGGCCCAUUCCGACGAUGAUGAUGAUUCCUAUGACGAUAAUUUCGGUGACUUCUCUAGCUACGACGGGUCGGGGGCCAAUCAAGAGGCUUACAAACAACCAGAUGUGGAUGAUAAGGAUGUCGUCGUUUUGAAAGAGAGGAAUUUUAGUGACGUUGUGGAGAAUAAUCGAUUUGUAAUGGUGGAAUUCUACGCUCCCUGGUGUGGUCACUGCCAGGCUUUGGCACCAGAAUACGCCGCCGCAGCGACGGAGUUGAAGUCUGAGAAUGUGGUUUUGGCGAAGGUGGAUGCAACAGAGGAGAAUGAAUUAGCGCAUGAGUACGAUGUUCAGGGAUUCCCCACUGUCUACUUUUUCGUCGAUGGGGUUCACAAGCCUUAUACUGGUCAGAGAACCAAAGAUGCCAUAGUGACCUGGAUUAGGAAGAAAAUAGGACCUGGCAUAUACAACAUAACAACAUUGGAUGAUGCUGAACGCAUAUUGACCUCUGAAAGCAAAGUUGUUUUGGGCUUCCUCGACUCUUUAGUUGGUUCUGAGAGUGAGGAGCUAGCGGCUGCUUCAAGACUUGAGGAUGAUGUAAAUUUUUAUCAAACCGCGAAUCCUGAUGUGGCAAAGCUUUUCCAUAUAGAUCCAAAUGUUAAACGCCCUGCUUUGGUCCUUCUCAAGAAAGAGGAGGAGAAGUUAAACCAUUUUGCUGCAGAUGGCGAAUUUGUAAAAUCUAAAAUAUCGGAUUUUGUGUUGGCUAACAAACUUCCUUUGGUCACAACUUUUACGAGAGAAAAUGCCCCUUCAAUUUUUGAAAGUUCCAUCAAGAAACAGUUGUUGCUGUUUGCAACUUCAAAUGAUUCAGAGAAGUUUGUCUCUGUAUUCCAAGAAGCAGCGAAAUUUUUCAAGGGAAAGCUAAUCUUUGUACAUGUGGAAAUGGAUAAUGAAGAUGUUGGAAGGCCUGUUGCAGAUUAUUUUGGUAUCACUGGAAAUGCUCCCCAAGUAAUUGGAUACACAGGAAAUGAUGAUGGAAAGAAAUUUGUGCUUGAUGGCGAGGUGACCAGAGACAAAAUUAAGGCAUUUGGGGAAGAUUUCCUCGAAGACAAGCUAAAACCUUUUUAUAAAUCUGAUCCUGUCCCUGACAAUAAUGAUGGUGAUGUAAAAAUAGUUGUUGGGGAUAAUUUUGAUGAAAUUGUCUUGGAUGAGUCAAAGGACGUCCUCCUUGAGAUUUAUGCACCUUGGUGUGGCCAUUGCCAAGCACUUGAACCAACAUACAACAAACUGGCAAAACAGCUGCGUGGCAUUGAGUCUCUAGUAAUAGCCAAGAUGGAUGGAACAACAAAUGAGCACCCAAGGGCAAAGGCUGAUGGAUUCCCUACUCUUCUCUUCUUCCCAGCAGGGAACAAGACUUCUGAUCCUGUUACUGUUGAUGCAGAUCGUACCGUGGUGGCCUUGUAUAAAUUCCUCAGAAAACAUGCAUCAAUCCCAUUCAAGCUUGAGAAACCAGCCUCAACUCCGAAACCCGAGAGUCCAGACGCCAAGAAGAGUCAGAGUAGCAGCAGCGACGUGAAAGAUGAAUUGUGAGGCUUUAAAUGAUAUUCUAUUUAUGGUGGUUAGAUUCAGAUGGAUGGUGAUAGAAUGACCUCGGGAGAGAAACAAAUACGACUUCUCCUUUACUGUUGAGCAAUAACCGGGAUGAAAUGAAGCUCUAGGCUGGGCUGCUAGAUAUAGGAGGCAAAUAAUCGACACUUGUGUUGUUGGUCCUCAACUUUUCCUUUUGUUUAGAAUUUUGCGUGAUGCUUAAUAAACAAUUGCCUCCGAAGUUUCAUCUUCAGCUUUCGUUCA